AAAAAUUAUUAGUGAAUGCAUUAGUAGUAAACAUUUCAUUUGAGUAAACAAAUUUUUGUAAUAAACUUGAUUUUAAAUGGAAAAGCCGGAAUCUAUUUUACCUAUCAACCAUGUUGCAAGAAAAAUUCUUAGUACGGCAGUGGCCCAAAUUUUGUAUGAAAAAGGAUUCGAAUCGGCUGAUAAAGAAUGCAUCGAGACAAUUACUGAAAUACUCCAAUCGACAAUAAUGUCGAUAGGACAAACGACACGAAGUUUUUGUGAGUUAUCAGGCCGUACAACGCCCGUCGUGAAUGAUGUUAUUAUGGGACUAAUCAAUCUAGGAAUUCAAAUACGAGGUAUUGCAGAAUAUGCGAAGCGAGAAAAUCGUCUAUUAAUCCCAAUGCCUGCACAGGCGUCACAACAAAAAUCACUCAGUUUAUUGCAAGCUGGUAAUAAGGCAAAUCAUCCACCACACGUAUCUAGCUUUUUGCCUGUUUUUCCUGAUCCACACGCUUAUAUUAGAACACCAACACAUAAACAACCAGUAACUGAAUAUGAAGCUAUACGAGAAAAAGCCGCCACUCAAAAAAGAGAUAUAGAAAAAGCGUUAACGAAGUUUUUAUCAAAAACAUCUGAAACACAUAGUUUAUUUGAUACCGAAGACAAUAUGUUUCCUUUAAUAGCUUGCAAACCUUCAUUUCCACCAUAUUUGUCUGCUUUAAAUCCAACUGAUCAAGUAUUUGAUUUUGAAGAAUUGGAAUAUCACUAUUUGGUAGCAAAUAGAACAGAAGAUGUAACCACUAAAGAUGACAAUGAUGAAAAUGAAAGUGGAAAUGAAUUUGAUGGCGAUGGUGAAAUAAAGAAUGAACAGGAGCCAAAACCUGAUGCAAGUAAACCAACAUCAACAGUACAUAAAGCCAUUAUGGAGAAUCCUAAUAUUGAUAAUCCAUACUUGCGUACAGCAACGUUACCUAAACGUAGCAAAAGUGAUGCGCUUCCGCUUUUGGCUAAUUUCAACUUAAAUAAUAAAACGCAAGGAUAGUUAUUAAAUUAGCGUUUUAUAAAACAUAA